GGAAGCAGGAAGUAACCGAGAGAAGAAGACAACUAUUUCGGAAAGUUUUAAGCAUAGAGCAAAAUAAUGAAAGUUUAGCACAUUUAAAUCUUUUUAAAACACGCGAUUUGCCUAUAUGCUAGCAUAACAUUUCAACAGUGCGCUAGAGAUUGAAAAGCUAACAACAGCGGUUUCAAUACUGCCACGUCCGUUGUUUGUUUAUAUGGCAAAACGACUGGCAAGCUAACACUAGCCUAGCCACUCGGCUAGGGGAAAUUGGAGUCACCUGAGCUGGCUGGCAAUUAACAUGUCUGCGUAAUAACGAUUUGUACUUACUUGGGGACCGGGAAGGGUUUGUUCGUUAGUAUUAAAACGUGGUCUGGCGUCUUCAUGUCAGAAUGCCUUGUUCGUGCGGGAACUGGAGACGAUGGAUUCGGCCUCUGGUGGUCUUGUUGUAUAUUUUAUUGUUGCUUGUGGUCCUCCCGCUGUGCGUGUGGGAACUUCAGAAGUCGGAGGUUGGCACUCAUAACAAGGCAUGGUUUAUAGCCGGCAUAUUUGUCUUCAUGACCAUACCCAUAUCGUUAUGGGGCAUUUUGCAGCAUCUGGUUCACUACACGCAGCCGGAGCUUCAGAAACCUAUCAUCAGAAUAUUGUGGAUGGUGCCAAUUUACAGCUUGGAUAGUUGGAUUGCCUUGAAAUAUCCCCACAUCGCCAUUUACGUGGACACUUGCCGGGAGUGCUACGAGGCCUACGUCAUCUACAACUUCAUGACGUUCCUCCUGAACUACCUGGAGAACCAGUACCCCAGUCUGGUCAUGAUGUUGGAGGUGCAGGAGCAACAGAAGCACCUUCCACCGCUUUGCUGCUGCCCGCCCUGGCCAAUGGGAGAGGUUUUGCUAUUAAGGUGCAAGCUGGGAGUGCUGCAGUACACGGUGGUUCGGCCAGUCACAACGGUUAUCGCUCUCAUCUGUCAGCUGUGCAAAGUGUACGACGAAGGCAACUUCAGUUCCACCAACGCUUGGACCUAUUUGGUGAUUGUCAACAACAUGUCACAACUGUUCGCCAUGUACUGCCUGGUGCUGUUCUACAGGGCUCUGCGAGAGGAACUGAGCCCUAUCCAGCCGGUGGGCAAGUUCCUCUGUGUCAAAAUGGUGGUGUUUGUCUCAUUUUGGCAAGCUGUUCUCAUCGCCCUGCUGGUUAAGGUGGGCGUUAUUUCCGAGAAGCGCACGUGGGACUGGCAAAGCGUGGAGGCUGUGGCCACUGGACUACAGGACUUUGUGAUCUGCGUGGAGAUGUUCCUGGCGGCCAUCGCUCACCACGUGAGCUUCACAUACAAGCCUUACAUCCAGGAAGCCGAGGAAGGCUCCUGCUUCGACUCCUUCAUGGCCAUGUGGGACGUCUCCGACGUUCGCGCCGACAUUUCCGAACAAGUCCGCAACGUCGGUCGCACAGUGAUGGGUCGCGCCCGAAAAUCGUACUUCGACGACGCGCAGAACUGCGGCGAGCGCUCCGGCCUACUUUCAUCAUCGAGCUCCAUUGUUGGCGAGGUGGCAUCCGACCCGCCGUCGCCCGGGGGUCGCUACCAGGGUACGGGACAAACGCCCCGUUCCGUGUCGGCCCCCGGCGGACUCGCCAGGGACGAACGGGAAGUCACGAGCGACACUAACGAGGACGAGGAAGCCAAAGAGGAUCUGAUCGUCGUGGCUUCGAGCUGAUAAGUGGGCGGGACCCAAUGACUUUGCCAAUCAUGUGACAGCUGUAAGAAUGUCCAGUGAGGAAAUGACACAAAUAUCCAUAACUGACUCAUUUAAACUCACUUCCACUGACGUCUAUUGCCGUUGCAACUAGGGUUUGGAACCUUUAGUUAUCUCACGAUAUGGCGAUACAGCAAUUAUCGAUAUUUCUGCUGUCGAUUUCAAUGAGUUUCUAUCCGAACCGUUUCAAGUUGGAGGGUGAAUGUUCAUUCGCCGCCAUCCCUCCCACUUCAAAAAGAUUGGACGUGAAUGGCAGCCAAUGCCGGUAAAUUUUGGGGCAUUUACAUGUCAGUUCCUGUUAGUUUUGAGCAUUUCUGAUUCACUUUCUGUAAGUUUUGGGGCAUUUCCGGGUCAUAUCCUGUUAGUUUUAGGGCACUUGCAGGUCUAUUCCUAUGAUUUGGGGCAUUUCCGGAUUACUUCCUGUUCAUUACUCAAUUCCUAUUUUUAUUUGAUUGAAUUUGGGGAAUUUCCAGGUCACUACUGUUAGUUUUGGGGCAUUUACAGGUCCCCUUCCUGUUGAAUUUCGGUUGCUGAAAAGGAAGUGACACAAGAAUGUCCCCAAAUAGAUAGGAAGUGACCUUUGAAUGCCCUAAAAUUAACAGGAAGGCCUGAAAUACCCAUAAAAGACUGGCUGGUUUCAGCGCCAUUGACGGCGCUACAUGUCCAAUCCAGUCAAAAUGAAUUGGAUGUCUUGCACCGUCAAUGGCAGCGAGUUCAUUUUGGGGCUUUUCAGGUCACUUCCUGUUGAUUUUGGGGAAGUUAUAAGUAGGCAUGUGCCGGUAUGACAUUCUGACGGUGUGAUAACCUUAAGCAAAAAUAUCACGGUAUAACGGUAUUGCAAUUACAGCUCUAAAAUGUGUUAUUUUGAGAUGUCUGGGGUAAAAAGAAAAUCAACAGGAAGUGACCUAUAAAUGCCCCGGGAAGACUGGCAGUGAAUGUUCUGUUUCGUUGCCACUGACGGCGCUAGAUGUCCAGUCUAUCUUGGAGCCUUCCAGUCAAAAUGAAUUGGACGCCUAGCACCAUCAAUGGUUAACCUAGCUCAGGGGUAUCCAACUCUGGUCCUCGAGAGCCCCUUCCAGCUUGAUUUCCUUUAACACACCAGAAUCCAAUGAUCAGCUCUUCAGGAGCCUGAUAUCGAUCCUGAUUACUGUAAUUUUCGGACUAUAAAUCGCUACUUUUUCCCCCCUCAUUUUGAAUCCGGCGGCUUACAUUCCAGUGCAAUUUAUUUGUUGAUUUAUUUAGGGUAAUAACACUAUUUGACAGCGGCGUCAUAAUUAUGACAUGACACUAUCAUGGGCAUUACUGAAUGCCUAUGACAGAUGUCUUUAAGUGUCAUCUGUCAAAUUAUGUCACUAUUUAUGUCCAGCUCGGAUCUUUUAUAUCCAUUCAAAAGUGAGAUACAGUUGUGGUCAAAAGUUUAUAUCCACUUGUGAAGAACAUAAUGUCAUGACUC